UUUGCAUGCAAAUAUGGUGCACCUUUAUCAGACGGCAGCGCCGGAACAGUCCCCGAAGGAGAAGGCGGGCAGUUUUAUGUCUAGCUUUAAGGGACUGUUUUUCCGAACGAACCAGUCAAUGUUGGGCAGUAACCAUACAUCCACCCGUCGUGGUACAUCACCAAAGGCACCGAUUGCUUCACCAGAGUCGGGAAGUGAACCAUCGUCACUAGUGUUGCCACGUUCUCCCGAAGGCCAGCCAGUGAUAUCGGCACAUCGUACCGUAACGAUACAUCUACCCCAUCACGGUGACAAUCGGUACGAUAUCAGAAAGACGGCCGACCUAGACAAGCGCGAACCGGGGAAGGAUCGAAGGCGCGCCAAAUCAGCGAUUAAAGCCGUCAAGCGACGCUCCUUCGGCAAACGCAUCAACAACCUGUGGAGCAACUUUGGAUUGCUGCGAAGUUCGGAGAAAAUCGUGGAAUUUGCCAACGGUCACGCUGCAUUUCAACACGUGCGUGAAAAUUUGACCGAUCUCAAUGGACGCUCGGAAGCGAACGAAACGGAUCUGGUAUUUCUGCAAGGAAUAUUGGCCAAUCCAGCUGUCACGCAGUUGAUAAAGAUCCAAGACAAACUCGAGGAAGCACCAGCGCCACUACGUCCAGUACGAGUGGACAACGCGCCCCUGCUGAAGGAGGUGAUCGAUCGCUGUAGCCUGUCGCGGAAUCCGCAUGCCCGUGAGCUCGCCCGUAUCUUCCGCUAUCCACACUUUCGCGCCCUACUCGAAGCACACGACGAGAUCGGUGAAACGCAGCUAGAGAAGCUAAGACAUCAACCACCAGCACCAGCAACAACAUCUCCCGCACCGACGGGUUCCAGUCCGGGUAGUAACGGCCAUCGUAGUCCAUCCAGUCCAGCGAGCGAAAUCGACGGUUCCGGUGUAGAGCUGCUCACGAUCAACGAUAUGCCCGGUGAAACGAUCAAGAUGGUCGGUAUCCGGAGAAAUCCGGACGAACCACUCGGGUUGACGGUGGAGGUGGACGAGCACAAUCAGCUGGUUGUGGCCCGUAUCAUCGCUGGUGGUAUGAUCGAUCGCCAAGGGUUGCUACACCCGGGCGACGUUAUACUGGAGGUUAAUGGUGUGCCCGUGACCACGCCCGAAGAGCUGCAGGGCGAGAUAUCGGUCGCGAAGGAAUCGGUAACGUUGAAGAUUGGACCGAGCAUUGAGGAGGAGAUGAAAUCUGCCCGCAUCACCAUGGCCGGUGGACAGGUAAAGAAUGGAAGAAAUUUAGACUCGGGCAAGAAGCUAACGUGUUAUAUGCGCGCCUUGUUCGACUACGACCCAAACGAAGACAAUCUGUUGCCGUGCAAGGAGAUCGGACUGUCGUUUAUGCGCGGUGACAUACUGCAGAUUAUCAACGUGAAGGAUCCGAACUGGUGGCAGGCAAAGCAUGCCGGAGAGGAUGGACCGACGGGAUUGAUACCGUCCCAGGAGCUGGAGGAACGUCGCCAGGCGUACGUACCUCCGGAGGCAGAUUUCGUGCACAAGAUAGGCAUAUGCGGCACAAGGAUUUCAAAAAAGAAGCGAAAGAUACUGUACAAAACGAAGCAGAACGGGGAGUUCGAUAAGGCGGACCUGAUGCUGUACGAGGAAGUUACCAAAAUGCCACCCUUCAAGCGAAAGACGCUGGUGUUGAUCGGUGUGGCGGGAGUUGGUAGACGAACGCUGAAAAACCGACUGAUCAACAGUGAUCCGGACAAGUUCGGAUCCGUAUUGCCACACACUUCUCGUCAACCGCGACCACUGGAGGAAUCGGGCAAAGCGUACUGGUUUAGUGAUCGUGAAGAUAUGGAGCAGGAGAUAAGGGAGAACAAGUUUUUGGAGUUUGGUGAGCAUAAUGGUAACUUGUACGGUACGCAUCUGGACUCGAUUCGUGAUGUGAUUCGGCAAGGUAAAAUGUGUGUUCUGGAUUGUUCACCGGCGGCAUUGAAAACUCUUCACAACAGUCCCGAGUUUAUGCCGUUCGUAGUGUUUAUUGCAUCACCGGGAAUGGAACAGCUGAAGUUGUUGUACUCGGAGCGUAGAUCGGCGAGCGGUUCCACGAGAAAUUUACAUUUUGAUCGUCAAAGCUCUAUACGCUACAGUUCGCGCCGUGCAAAGACACUGGAAUCGUUGGCAUCGUUGUACGAGGACGAUGAUCUUAUAUCCGCUGUCGAGGAGAGUGCGCUACUACAGCGAAAGUACGACAAGUACUUGGACAUGGUCAUUGUGAACGAAGACUUCGAUGACAUAUUCCGACAGGUGACGGAAGCGCUGGAGCAGCUGUCACACGAACACCAGUGGGUUCCGGUGAACUGGAUCUACUAGAAAUCCCUCCUCGGUGACGGAAUCGUGAAUUAUGUGUUCAAAUAUCAUUCGACCGAGCGUCAAGUAAUUCAAGUAAUAGUUCAAAUAGCCAUAUAGUAAUGCAUUCAUUCUGCUUCAUGCGCUCCGUGAAGGUAGCAAGGCAAU